GUCAUUGUCAACAUGGUCCUCAGAGGUAUGAUCACUGUGACGACCGUUCUCCUCUGCCUCGUUCUGGGUAUGCUAAGUCCAGCUCCAGCUGCCCUGGGUUCCUAUUCAGGCAGAGGUUGUUGUACGAGAUACAGCAGGAAACCAGUGCCUUUCCAGCGCAUAAAGGGCUACAGAGAACAAACCUUCAUCGAAAAUUGCCGCAUUGAGGCGAUCAUUUUCUACACGAUCAAGAACCAUGAGGUAUGUGCCAAUCGGAAGGAUGAAUGGGUGAGGAAGAUUCUGGAAUUACUCAGUUCAAAACUGAAGAAGAUGUCCAAUACAAGCAGAGCUGCAGGAGAAGCCGUCACGAAGAGACAUGGAAACCCUACCAUUAAAGAUGGAGGUGGAUCUGUCCUCAAUACCGCCAUGAAUACCACUGAAACCUUUGCAAACAGCACUGAAAGCUUCUAUUAGCAAAAACCAGACGGUGGAUGUAGGGAGUUGCACUUUGAAUCAUAUUUGCAAAUUUGAAUCUAUUGACAUCCACUGAUAUAGCAGAUGUAUUACUUGCUACUUAGGUACCUUCAUUGCUUAAAAGGUACACAAUGUCAGCCAUACAAUAUUAACAUGAUUUAUUAAAACCUUUUGAGACUCCUGUUAUGUGCUUAGCAUUUUCAACAUGUUGUAGAGAGUGUUUCUUAAAUCACGCUUUUCUGAUUCUGCAGUUUCCUUCCCUACUGUGAAUCUGCUGCUUAGAUGUAUUAAUGUGCAAAAAUAUGCCAAUAGCAAUUCACAGAAACAA